GCCUCCUAAAGGUAGUUGUUCCCCCAAAUAAUCGCUAGGUGCCACUCCCGUCCCAUCCACCAGCGCGUCCACCCACCCACGAUCAUCACUUCAACUCCAGUUUACGAUUCACGAUCUAACCCGACAAGAGAAAACCCUCAGCAAACCUCCUCAUCUAGCAGGCGUUUACCGACAGUAUUACUCAACAUGCCUCCCAUGGCCGCAUACCGCGGUGGCCCGGGUGCCUCCAGCUCCGGCGGCGGCAAGCGCGGUACCGCCUCCAAAGUGCACCAGGGCGGAAAGGGCAAGACGGUGCUGCAGAACGCGGGUACCGGUGCGAAGAGACACCGGAAAAUUAUGAAGGAUUGUAUUCGAGGUAUUACUAAGCCUGCUAUUCGUCGUCUGGCCCGUCGCGGUGGAGUCAAGCGGAUUUCCGCCAUGAUCUACGACGAUGCCCGCGAGGCUCUGAAGACCUGGCUCGAGUCUGUCCUGAGAGACUGCGUGACGUAUGCGGAGCAUCGUAAGGCGAAGACUAUCACUAUUCACGAUGUCUUGCAUUCCCUUGCUCGCAAGGGCAAGCCCAUCUACGGCUUCGACCCGGACACUUUCGUUGACACAAAGUCCCGCAAGGGCAAAGCCGCAGGUGGCCACGACUGAAAUCAUUUCUUCGUUUUCCCCUCUUAUGUCGGUUCGACUUCAGCAGGAGCAAGUCGUUUGGUCAAAACGCCGAAGGGUUUCCCACCAUCAGUCAGAAAGCGUGCCGU